UAAUCAUGCAAUUGCUCCGCGGACUCCUUUUGUUGCAGUACCGCACUAUGGCUGCGCCCAUGUAACGAAGAAAGGUUUCUAUCUAUCCAGACAACCAAUGAGUUCCCCUUUUUAAAGCAUUUCCCCCCCUUCCUGGGGAAUCCACGAUCGGCGGAAUUCCAAGUUCUCCCAGAACUGGAGUCUUGGCAUUUCUUUAAAUAUGUUCGUCAAACCUUUCAGGGUGAAAUCCAAUACCGCUAUCAAAGGUUCCGAUAGGAGGAAAUUGCGAAAUGAUGUUGCAGCAACAUUUCCCACCCUAACUUCGGAACAACUGGCUGAAGUUGUGCCAAUGAAAGAGGAAUUGAAUAUUAUUAAAAUGUAUACUCAUAAAGGAGAAAUUGUCACAGUUUAUGCUAAUGGCAAAAAUCCCAUCCUUUUUGAAAUGGAGAAAAUGCUAUAUCCAACAGUGUAUACUUUAUGGUCUUAUCCCCACCUUCUCCCUGCCUUUUCUACUUGGCCACCCGUGAUGCACAAAUUAGUAGGAGGAGCAGACUUAAUGCUUCCAGGAGUUAUAAUUCCCAAAUGUGGUCUUCCCCAGAUAAAUCGAGGUACUCUCUGUGCUGUUACCUUAGUAGAAAACAGAGCUCCUGUGGCCAUUGGAACAGCUAUUAUGACAACUGCUGAGAUGGUAGCAGCUGGGAUGAAAGGAAAGGGUUUCACAGUGCUGCAUACUUACAUGGAUCACCUAUGGGCAAUUGGUGACAAAUCAAGCCCACCUACAAUACCCCCCUUAGAAAUAGAAACUCCAGAGAUGGUUGCUGGAGAAGAGGAGGAACAGAAGAAUGAAGAAGGGGAAACACCUGAAAGCAGCCUCUCUCUUGAUCCAUCCUUGCAGAUGGACACUGAACAUCUCAACUUAGAGGAAGACAUAGGUGAAAAAGAGGAACUCAGUCAAAAUGAUGCUGCUGAAAAGACUGAAGAGAGCGAACCACAUAUUUCUCAGGAGAUGGAAGAUAACAGAAGUCCACAAGAGCAAAUGGACGCCCUGCUUUAUCAGUGUUUCUUUCAUGCCUUAAAAUGUAAAGUGAAGAAGUCAGAGCUCCCUCUGCUGACCAGUACGUUUUUGCGUAACUACAUGUUUUCCUGCUGUCCAAAAGAUCAACAACUGGAUAUAAAGAAAUCUAGCUACAAAAAGUUCUCAAAAUUUUUGCACUCAGUGCAACAGCAGAAGAUUCUCCAGGUAAAAGAAUUGAAUAAGGGCGUGGAAAGUAUUGUGGAAGUAAAUUGGAGACAUGAAAGCAUUAGAUCCUUCAUUGUACCUGAAACUGCGACAUCUGAAAUGUCUGUCCAAGAUUGUAAAGGUGAUGACCAAGAACAACUGUACCAUCCUCCUGAAAUUAUACCACUUUAUGGAAUCUCAUCAAAGAUGGCCCCAUUGUUUCAAGAGUCAGGAUAUAAGAAAGGCCAUACCCUCUCCAGCAGUGAAGUGAGAAGUGUGAUAAUCAGCUAUGUGAAGACUAAUGAAUUGGUUGAUGAAGUGAACAAAAACUUUGUAAAGGUAAAUCCAAUUUUGUGUGACUGUCUGUUGGACAAAGCAGAGCAAAAUGAAAUCUCAAAACUCAAGUGGGAUGAUCUCCUCAGCAGGUGUCUAAACAAACUAGAACCCUUCCAUCAGGUAACCUUUUCAGGAAAAGAACCUGUUGUGAGAAAAGGAUAUAUUCUUCCAAUUGAUGUAACUGUAGCACAGAGAUCAGCCAAUAAAAAGGUAACAAUAAUUAAGAAUCUUGAGUGGUAUGGUUUGGACCCUCAGGCUGUUGCUAGCACCCUUCAGCAAAAGGUUCAAGCUAGCGCCACUAUCGUCGCAAUCCCUGGAGCAAAGGACAGAUCACAAGUCCAGAUACAGGGCAAUCAGACCAACCAUCUUGCUAAACUGCUCUUAGAGGACUACCAGAUACCUUGCAGUUAUAUCCAAGGUCUUAAAAAAGCACCAAAAACAGGGCGGAAAAAGUAGCCAAGCCUGUACCUCAGAUUGAGAGUAUGUUAUAAAUAUCUUAUUCAAUGUAACUGAAUCCACAUGCCUUAUAAAUAAACUAUUUUUAUUUAAUAGAUAAAAUAAAGACUUUUCCCUGAUACCUGUG